AUGGCACAACUUCAGAAAUCUUGCCUCGGUGAUGCACGACUCCAAGGAGCCGACCUCUCAUGGGCCCAACUCGCAAGGGCUCACCUCCGCAGGGCAAGCUUGAAAUUUGCCAAGAUCCACUGCGCGAAGCUCGAAGUAGCGGACCUCCAAGUUGCACGGCUCCGAAGAGCCGAGCUCUCCGAGGCAGACCUCGGAAUCAACACAGACCCCCGAGCAGCCAAGCUCGGUGAGGCGACCGGCGGUUGCUUCCAAGGAGCUUACCCGGGAGGCGCCAUGUUGCAGGAAGCCACGCUCUUAGAGGCCAAUCUGGAAGGAGAGCAAAUCUCACCAAAGCAGAUCUCGCAAAAGCCCUUCUCAAAAACGCCAAGCUUGACUCAGCGAAGUGGGUCAAGGACUUCCCGCCGAUGGGCGAAGGAACCAACCCUCUGCAAACUGCCGGCUGUCGGGCAAGGCGCAAUGAAGUCCUUUCUGAGAAAGUUCUUCAAAGCUAGCUUUCCUUGA